AUGCCACCCCGGCUGAAGUCCCUGCCUCCGAAGUUCAAUCUCUACCCACGUCCCACCACCGAGGAUCCCUCGGAUGCGCUCACCGUUGGGAACCUUCGCGUGGGCCCGAACGGGGUGGAGUUCAUCGGGGAGGCCGACCUCCACGUCCCCCGGCCCGAUCUGAACAUCGACCGCAUGCGGCGAAUCCGGCGGCUCGGGCAGGGCACGCAGGGGAAUGUUUUUAUGUAUAUGGCCCCCGACGACGCCGUCUUCGCGGUCAAACGCAUCCUCAUCUCGCCCACCGCGCGGGCGCAAAACCACCAAAUCGUCGCCGCCGAGCUGCGGAACAUCUUCUCGAACGUGUCGAAUCCCUAUAUGGUGGAGCGCUACAACGCCUUCUACCGCAACGCGACCCUUCUUCUGGUGAUGGAAUAUAUGGACUGGGGGAGCCUGCUGGAGGUGCUGGGGCGGGCCGAGCGGCUGCCCGAGACGAUCGCCGCGUACGUCAUCGCGCAGGUGCUGCGGGCGCUGGAGAUGCUCCACAAGAAGUCCCCCAUCGUCACCGAGACCAAGGCGGAGAAGGGCCGCUACCAAAUCCACCGCGAUAUCAAGCCCGCGAACGUGUUGUUGUCCUUUAACGGGGAUGUCAAACUCGCCGACUUCGGCAUCGCCACCAGCGCCGAGACCUUCGGCGCGGAUUCCUUCGUCGGGACGGCGACUUAUAUGAGCCCGGAGCGCAUCCAAGGCCAGCGCUACGGCACCUCCAGCGACAUCUGGAGCGUAGGGGUGGUGACGGGGCAGGUGCUCCUCGGGGUCUACCCGUUCGCCUCGAGCAAUUUAAGCUUUAUGGCCCUGCUUCGGCGAAUCACGACGAUCGAGUCGAUCGACGUGGUGGGGGGGGCGGGGUGCUCGCAGGAGGCGCAGGACUUUGUCAAUAGCUGUACGCGACACCUUCCAGGGGAACGCGGGACGGCGGUAGAGCUGCUGCGAAUGCCGUGGAUUACCAAAAAUGAAACGAAAGGGAAGGACGAGCUAAUAUCCUUGUUGAAGCAACUCGGUAGCGAAAAUUCUAAAAAUACUAGCUUCCAUAAGCAGGACAGAGUCAUAUGA